UCUCAGGUGUUUUAAGGAACUGGAACCAUGACGGACUCCAAAUACUUCACAACCAAUAAAAAAGGAGAGAUUUUUGAACUGAAGGCUGAACUCAAUAAUGAAAAGAAAGAGAAGAGGAAAGAAGCUGUAAAGAAGGUUAUUGCAGCCAUGACCGUGGGGAAGGAUGUCAGCUCACUCUUUCCUGAUGUUGUGAACUGCAUGCAGACUGACAACUUGGAGCUGAAGAAGUUGGUCUACCUGUACCUGAUGAACUACGCCAAAAGUCAGCCAGAUAUGGCCAUUAUGGCUGUCAACAGCUUUGUGAAGGACUGUGAGGACCCAAACCCUCUCAUCCGUGCUCUGGCUGUCCGUACAAUGGGAUGCAUCAGGGUGGACAAGAUCACGGAGUAUUUGUGUGAGCCUCUUCGCAAGUGUCUGAAGGAUGAAGACCCUUAUGUACGAAAGACCGCAGCUGUCUGUGUGGCGAAGCUGCAUGACAUCAAUGCCCAGAUGGUGGAGGACCAAGGAUUUCUGGAUUCUCUGCGCGACCUGAUUGCAGACUCCAAUCCCAUGGUGGUAGCGAACGCUGUGGCUGCCUUGUCGGAAAUCAGUGAAUCGCAUCCCAACAGCAACCUGCUGGAUUUGAACCCUCAGAACAUUAACAAGCUGCUGACAGCUUUAAAUGAGUGCACAGAGUGGGGCCAGAUCUUCAUCCUGGACUGUCUGUCCAACUACAACCCCAAGGAUGAUCGCGAAGCUCAGAGUAUUUGUGAACGAGUGACCCCUCGGCUGUCUCAUGCCAACUCAGCAGUGGUGCUGUCAGCAGUGAAAGUCUUGAUGAAGUUCCUGGAACUUCUUCCCAAGGACUCAGACUAUUACAACAUGCUGCUGAAGAAACUUGCCCCUCCGCUGGUGACCCUGCUGUCUGGAGAGCCCGAAGUUCAGUAUGUUGCCCUGAGGAACAUCAACUUGAUUGUGCAGAAAAGGCCUGAAAUCCUCAAGCAGGAAAUCAAGGUAUUCUUUGUGAAGUACAACGACCCCAUCUAUGUCAAACUGGAGAAACUGGACAUCAUGAUCCGCCUAGCUUCUCAGGCAAACAUUGCCCAGGUCCUGGCAGAGCUCAAGGAAUAUGCUACUGAGGUGGAUGUUGACUUUGUGCGCAAGGCUGUCCGAGCAAUUGGGCGCUGUGCCAUCAAGGUUGAGCAAUCUGCGGAGCGCUGCGUGAGCACACUGCUAGACCUCAUCCAGACCAAGGUCAACUAUGUGGUCCAGGAGGCCAUUGUUGUCAUCAGAGACAUCUUCCGCAAGUACCCCAACAAGUAUGAAAGCAUCAUUGCCACUCUGUGCGAGAACCUAGAUUCCCUGGAUGAACCAGAUGCCAGAGCUGCCAUGAUCUGGAUAGUGGGCGAAUAUGCAGAAAGAAUUGACAAUGCAGAUGAGCUGUUGGAGAGUUUUUUGGAGGGCUUCCAUGAUGAAAGUACUCAGGUUCAGCUCACCCUACUGACUGCUAUAGUGAAGCUCUUCUUAAAAAAGCCUCCAGUGUCUCAGGAUUCUGAUAACCCAGACCUGCGGGAUCGUGGCUACAUCUACUGGCGCCUUCUUUCCACGGAUCCAGUGACUGCCAAAGAAGUGGUCCUCUCAGAAAAGCCACUUAUUUCUGAAGAGACUGAUCUGAUUGAACCGACUCUACUAGAUGAGUUGAUCUGCCAUAUUGGGUCUCUGGCUUCUGUGUACCACAAACCACCAAACGCUUUUGUGGAGGGGAGCCAUGGGAUCCACCGCAAACACUUGCCAAUUCACCAUGGGAGCACUGAUGCAGGUGAUAGCCCCAUGGGCACAACAGCCACUACAAACCUGGAGCAGCCGCAGGUCAUUCCAUCGCAGGGUGACCUUCUGGGUGACCUUCUCAACCUGGAUCUGGGACCCCCAGUGAAUGUUCCCCAAGUGUCCUCCAUGCAGAUGGGUGCUGUGGACCUCCUGGGAGGAGGACUGGACAGCUUGCUUGGCAGUGACCUUGGCGGGGGCAUUGGAGGAAGCCCGGCAGUGGGGCAGACCUACAUUCCCUCUUCUGUGCCAGCCACCUUUGCCCCUUCACCCACCCCAGCAGUGGUGAGCAGUGGACUCAACGAUCUCUUUGAGCUCUCAUCUGGUAUAGGCAUGGCUCCUGGAGGAUAUGUGGCUCCGAAGUCUGUUUGGUUGCCUGCAGUGAAGGCUAAAGGAUUGGAGAUCUCGGGUACGUUCAGUCACAGGCAGGGACACAUCUACAUGGAGAUGAACUUUACCAAUAAGGCUUUGCAGCACAUGACCGACUUUGCCAUUCAGUUCAAUAAGAACAGCUUCGGGGUCAUUCCAAGCACCCCGUUGGCCAUUCACACACCUCUGAUGCCAAACCAAAGCAUUGAUGUCUCCCUGCCCCUCAACACUCUGGGACCAGUCAUGAAAAUGGAGCCUCUGAACAACCUCCAGGUGGCUGUGAAAAACAACAUUGAUGUCUUUUACUUCAGCUGCCUAAUUCCUCUCAACGUGCUUUUCGUAGAGGAUGGCAAAAUGGAGCGCCAGGUCUUCCUUGCAACAUGGAAGGAUAUUCCAAAUGAAAAUGAGCUUCAGUUCCAGAUUAAAGACUGUCACCUGAAUGCUGACACCGUUUCCAGCAAACUGCAGAACAACAACGUCUACACCAUUGCCAAGAGGAACGUGGAAGGCCAGGACAUGCUCUACCAGUCUCUGAAACUCACCAACGGCAUCUGGAUCUUGGCCGAGCUUCGCAUUCAGCCAGGGAACCCAAACUACACGCUCUCCCUGAAAUGCCGAGCUCCCGAAGUGUCCCAGUACAUCUACCAGGCCUACGAUGCCAUCUUGAAAAACUAACAGGAGAUCAGCCUGUGCCUCACCCUGCAGAAGGAGGGGGGAGAAAGGGGUCCCCAGAUCCUCCUUCACCACUGACGCGGGGAAAAGCACUCUUAACUGGAAGCAGCUGUAUUCAUGUGUAGGAUUUCAGUCAAAGGCACUGAUUAAACAAGGUAGCAAGUAGUAUCCACGUGCUAAUGAUGAUAAGGAACAAACCCCUUUGAUAUUUUUAGCGUCCAUGGAGUUUGUAACCACUGCUUCGACUAUUCCCACGUCCCCCUCGCCCCUCACUCGUUGUCCGUCCUCGUGGGCUUCUCCAUUUUGUGCCAAUGUUCAGUGUUUUCUAAAUGGCUUUAGGCGUAGUUACGAUUUUGUAAAAUACCGCUCAUUGAAAAAAAAAACAAGCAAAAACCACAAGUCGGCUCAUUAAAACAAGGCAAAAGUGUCGAAAACAUAACACUGCACUUUAUUUUAUAUUUUUAUACAUUUUUUUGAGUUUUUCUAUUGUAAUUGGCUUAAAGGGAAGGCGAUUCCAAGGAAGUAUUGGGAGCUCUGCAGGGUUGUCAGGCUCUAGCAGGGUGAGCGUGGCCUCGGGGAACUAGGAACAGAGCCAUCAGUUCGGUCCGUGGAGGCGGAUGGAGCCCUAAAGAGAGGGGUUUUUUAUUACACUUGUGCUGGCAGACUCGGCUCUGCUUUUGAUGGUGUGUUUUCACUCCAACCAUCUCCCUGGCUCAUUAGCUGCUGACUUGAGAAGUGAGGCUGCUUUUGCGUGGGGAGGAGCUGCAGACCUAGAUUGAUAACGGGACAGCGGUGGAUGAAAUGAAGGAAACAAGCCCACUCUUAGAGCAAAAGGCUCUUGCCAGAGCUCCAGGUAUGGUCUCUGCAUCCUCACCCAUCCACAGCCCCUCUUCUUGUUCUUUCCGUGCCUGCUAUGGCCAAACUGCCUUCUCAGCCAUCCCCUGAGCUGUGCCACCUUCACCUGGCACUGUGCUAACCUCCGGAAACCCCCGAGGCUCGCGGUGGUAAAUCCGAACGUGGCAGUGCUGCUUCCCCACCGGGGCUGUGGGCAUCAGCUGUGCCCCUACGGAGCGGGGCCGCUGCUGGCAGUGUCCCGGGGUGCCGCAGGGAGUGGAGCUGCUCUCCCUGUUCCCGUGCUGUCCCCCAAAACCCAGGCUGUGGCGUGAUGGGAGAUGGUUUGAGCUUGGCGGUGUUUGCACCCUGCCUGCCUGGGGACUUCAGGUCCCGGCUGGGCUGAGUCGAGCAGAUCGUGGAAGUGUUUCUUCCAGUUGCAGCUUGGCUCUUUGUGCCCAGAGGCACACGGUAACAAGGGCCAGUCGGCUUCCUGCUCUCACCCCCUGUCCCGAGCAGCCUCAUGCCCUGGCCCCUCUUUUCCGACCUGCCCUUAGGGCCAGGACUGCUUCCCUUUCCAGUCCAUGGCUGUGGACUUGCCACAUUGCAACCACUAAGUGCUGCAGCAACAGCAGUGAAAGCAAAGCCUCUUGCAUGUCCUUGCUCCAUCCAUAGCUUGUCCUGCUUAAACCAAGCCACUAACCAGAACGGCUUCGCCCUCCCCAGCAUGCUUUGACACCAUCUCCUCCCCAGCAAGCAAAGCUCUUAUGCAUAGCAACCCCCAUGUUGUCUUUUUAGAUGCCACAUUCAAAGUCAAUAAAUGUUUUACGGUGGGAUAUGAUUCAUCAGGGCUUUGGCACUGUCUGCAACCAAGAAGCCAGUGCUGGGAAAAGGUCACAAUGCCCUGGAAGAGACUCCAGCAGGGCACGGGAGCUGCAGGACCCUGAGGAAGGUGGUGUCCCUGUGCUCUGGCUGGGGAAAAAGUGGGGCAGAGCUGGAGCAAUCCAGCCUUUGAGCCCUGCCCACGUGUGCUGGGAGGUGAUUUGCUCCAAGCCCUGCGGGUGCACUGCAAAAAUGAUUAAUAGAGCAAUUAAGGAAGCACCAGUGGUACUGAGUGCGAUGCUGUGUCGGGGCAGGGAGGAGAUGGUAGAGGGUCAGGAACAAACACUAAACCUCCUCCACUAACCAGCCGAUGUAGCUUCGACGUGGGGAGGGGUUGCUGAGCACCCCCUUCUCUCGCCAAAUUUCUUCCCAGCUUUUCGGGCGCAUGGGUGUCUCUGUGCUGCAGGGCGGAGCCUGGGCUCGGUCGGUGGCCUCUUGCCCUCCUCUCCCGCCACGUCGCUCGUUCGAGUGUUCGCCGCGUAGUUGUGUUGCUCUUCAGGCUUUACCUGCCAUCCGUGUCAAUAAACUCAUUUCCACUA